UUUGUCAUUGUUUCUAUCUUAGUUGUUGGCGAGUCAAAACAGUAAAACACAGAGACCAGAUCUACAAACACCACUUCCUCCCCACAUUUCCCGACACAACUCCGAUGAACUUCCAACAAGCGACCUCCUCCCCUACCUCGUCCUCCACCUCCUCCACAGCCCAGGCCCAAAAGCCCAACCCGGACUCUUCCGACCCAAUGCACUCCUGGUGGGAAUCCAUCUCCAAGGCCCGCACACGCAUCUCUCUCCUCUCAUCUCUCCUCUCUCCCUCUCUCUCCCUCUCUUUUCUCGCUGACACUGACCGUCCCGCCCGCUCCCUCCUCUCCUCCCACUCCGCUUACUCUUCCAUCUCUCUCUCCCUUUCGGACCCUUCUUCCGGGUCAGGAUCCGACCCGCUUUGUCACUGGCUCUACGAUACCUUCCUCUCCGCUGACCCUGAUCUGCGACUCGUUGUGCUGUCGUAUGUUCCGGUUUUGGCGGGGGUUUAUCUGUCUCGGGUGCAUAGCAAUUGGGGGUCGUCGUUGGCGGGGUUUGAGGCUGUGUUGCUGUCGAUUUACGCGGCGGAGACGAAAGCGAGGAAUGGUAAGGCUGUUGUUGUUACAUUGCCUGAUUUGAGUUUGCCGUCUUUGUAUCAUACGCCUAGAAAUGUUGGGGGUAAAUCGAAUGGGAAUGUGAAUUUGAAUAAUGAUCGUAAUUUGUCGGGGAAGAGUGGGGUGUUGUGUCCUCCGUUGGAGCCUCAGACAGCGGUGAAAUCGACUAAACGGGCUUUCAUUGUGGGGGUUGCGCUGGAUUGUUAUUAUAAGCAGAUUUCGCAGAUGCCUGGGUGGUCCAAAUUGGAUUUUUGUAGGUUUGUGGCUGAUUGGGCGGGGCAGGAUUGUGAGUGUAAGUCGGAGUUUGAUGAUCAGGUUGGAAAUGUGUUCGGGGAUGAGAUUAGGGUUGAGGAGAUUGAUGAGGUUGGGGAAGGAAUUGAGAGUUUGAGGAUUACAGAGAAUGGGGAUUGUGAUGUGGGGGUGAAAGGGUCGAGGAUUCCGCUUCCGUGGGAGCUUUUGCAGCCCGUUUUGAGGAUUUUGGGGCAUUGUUUGUUGGGGCCUUUGAACACUAAUGAGGUAAAAGAUGCGGCUUCUGUGGCGGUCAGAUGUUUGUAUGCCAGGGCAUCUCAUGAAUUGGUUCCUCAGGCGUUGUUGGCUACUCGGAGUUUGAUUCAACUUGAUAAGAGAGCAAGAGAAUCUGAACAAUUAGCAGCUGUCAAUUCAGCUUCUUCAAAUGCUAAUACACCCAGUAAAGCGAAGAAACCGGAGAUUCUUUUGGUUUCAAAAUGAGAGCAGGGUAUGUAUGUCUUUGAGUUCCUUAAUUUGUCUUGCCUUAUUUUGGUUCAGAUAUUAACUGUAUGUUUUAGUUGUGGAUUAAAGGUUGUAUGUAAUUGCAAGUUCUAUAUAUAAUAUACAUGUAAGUGAAUGCUUCUAUUUGA